AUGAUUCGCUCGUUUCGUCGAGAUGGGUUGGUGGCGAGAUCCGUAGUCGCGUGUCCAAGGAGGCGGGCAGCCCAAUAUGCUGGCCGGAUACACCUCCAACAAUCUAUCUACGCUCAGCAGUUAGGGAUAAGGCUGUUGUCUACGCCGCCGCCAUUACCAGAAGGCUCCACUUCGGGGCCUGUGGUACCACCUCCGCCCUCCGCCGUUCGCAAGCCCAAGGCUGAGUUGCGCCCAGGUCCUGUGAAAGUGCCCCAGUCGCAAGCCGAUGACUCGCAAGGAUCGUCGGCUUCAACAGCCACCAACGGUACCACACCCCUGGCUUCGGAGAAGCUGCAACAGAUACAGCCCACCAGGACGCCGCCCAAGGAGAUGCCGAAGCCGCCGCCGACGCAAGGUUCGGUGUUGUCGGUGAUGAAGGAGGACAUACAGGACGCGAUGCGACGUGGAGUGAUGGUGCCGACGCCUGAAGAUGCGAACGUCUUCCAGAAGGUUUGGCAUCCGCUGAAGGAGGUUUCGAAAUUCUACUUCCGAGGCAUCAAGAAGAUAUGGAAGAAUGGCAGCAAAGUGUCGGCCAUACGCAAGCGAGUGGCAGACGGGGGAGAACCGUUGACGCGAAAAGAGGCCCUAUUCAUCCGUACUCAUCGGCAGGAUGUCCUGAAGAUGAUACCCUUCGUCGUGACAAUCAUUGUUCUUGAAGAGCUCAUCCCGCUCAUCGUGUUGUAUGCCCCCUUCAUGCUUCCGAGCACCUGCAUUCUGCCCUCGCAGCGGGAACGGAUAGCCUCCAAGGCCCAGGACAAGCAAGUGCUCUACUACCAUGCGCUCCGGCCGGACUUCGAGGUCGUGCGGCAGCAGGGUAACCCCGACCAUUUUGUCCCUAUCAGUGCAUUAUCGAGCACGUCGUCCAGGGCGCUUUGCGGGCUCUUAGCGAUAUCCGAGUUUGGUCCCCCGCCGAUACGGCGGCGACGGCUACAUCGCUACCUGUCCUACAUCGCACAGGACGAUGAUCUCCUGCGUAAGGAGAACUACGGCGCGAACCUCACUCAAACCGAGCUCGCCAGCGCUCUACGGGAACGUGGGAUUCCGACGAAAGGAUUGACAUCCCAAGACAUGGCUCUUCGCCUGCAAUAUUGGCUCGUCGAGGCCGAUAAGAUCCAACCCGUCCCCGAAUCCGGGAAAGGUCAAGCGGAGGCCCUUCCCGCCGCACCAGGGGAUGCCGUCAGCCGUCGAGUUUUCCUCGCAUCCACGAUGGCCGCGCUCCGGUACUCGGUUUCCUUUGGAACGAACGGGCGAACUCCGAUCCUCACAGUCGUGUCAUAG